GACUUCACAUCACUGCAUCGGAGUGUCUGUAAUAACUUCGCCACCAUUAGUGGUGUUGCGUCUACUAAACCUGUCCUUUAAAAUAAGGUGCUCAGUUUCACAUGCAGGUAUUUAGCCGAAGAGAAACCAUGCCUGAAGUGCCAUUGUUAUGAGUGGAGGGGGCUGAGUCACGUUACUUCCUGGUUUGAAGAGCCAGUGGCUGGAGGAACUGCGUGGCUGAAAAAAGAAACUGACACGUGGAUCAUCAUCAACACUUCAGGAAUCAGGAAAAAGCUGAAUUUCCUCCCGCUGCGUAAUAGCAGCAGUGAAAGCCGAAAGUCUAUGUUUAUGCCAGUCGCCGGAGCGCAAUGGACGCGGCAGAGGUCUUAUAAAGAGAUGCUUCCGCGAAGAAACUGGAAUAAAAACAUAUUUUUUUCAUUGCUUUGAAACCUAUUUUUUUUGCCUGUCACGCUCGCACAGACUGACCGAGAGGAUAACAGAGCGGAUAGGCACAAACGGAUAUAUUUGGCGUUGAAUGGCAAUUCUACAAAAACAUGGAAAGAACUCUUGUCCAGAUUUGGCCAGUAUUAAGGAGAACCCCGCAGAUAAUAUCGGACAAGCCGGACCACAGAAGAAGUGGGCAGAGUCGAGUCAGAACUGGACAAGGCCAGUAUUGAGGAUAUGGACGGUGGUGCUGUUGCUGGGGACCUGCCUGCUGUACUGUGCCCGUGUGGCAAUGCCUAUCUGUGCAGUGAGCAUGGCAGAGCGCUUCAGCUGGUCCAAGAGAGAGACGGGCAUGGUGCUGGGCAGCUUCUUCUGGGGCUACUGCUUCACUCAGGUGCUUGGAGGCUAUGUCAGUGACAGGGUGGGAGGAGAGAAAGUGAUGCUGUUGUCAGCGGCAGCAUGGGGAGCAAUGACCGCCUUCACGCCAAUCUUAGCCCAUUUCUGCUCCCAGCCCAUCGUCUCCAUGACCGUCUCCCGCUUCCUCAUGGGCCUGCUGCAGGGUGUUCACUACCCAUCUCUGGCCAGUCUGUGCUCUCAGAAGGUUGUGGAGAGUGAGAGGCUCAUACCCAUGAUCACCGUAUGAACUCUCUCUUACCCUGGGACUCUGGUGAUAGGAGGCAUAGGCUCUCUGAUGCUGGACUUGUAUGGCUGGGAGAGUGUGUUCUACAUCUCUGGGCUUCUGUCUGUGUUGUGGGCGUACAGCAUGUGGAAGUAUCUGCUUAAAGGGGAAGGUCCCAUUAUCACACUGGAGUCUCUGGGCAGCGCUGGGACACAGUCCAAACUGUCCAAGAGAAACUGGCUGCGUCUCUUCAGACAGCCAGCUGUGUGCGCCGUCAUUAUUACACACUUGUGCAACGCUAGCACCUUCUUCACAUUGCUGUCAUGGCUGCCAACGUUUUUCAAGGACACCUUCCCUGAUGCCAAGGGUUGGGUGUUUAACGUGAUCCCAUGGUUUGUGGCCAUCCCUUCUUCCCUGUUUAGUGGCUACCUUUCAGACCAUCUAAUCAGUCAGGGUUUUGAUACUGCAUCAGUGAGAAAACUCAUGCAGUUCUUCUCUAUGGGUGUCUCCAGUGUGUUUACUCUGUUUCUGUGUGGGACCACUACCUUCCCCACAGCUGUGGCUUUCGUGUCCGCUAUUAUGGGCCUCACCACAUUCAACCACUGUGGGGUUUCAGUGAAUGUUCAGGAUCUCGCUCCAUCCUGUGCAGGGGCUCUGUUUGGAGUGAUGAAUACCUGUGGAGCAUUUACAGGGGUCAUCAUGGUGUAUUUCUCGGGGUAUCUGAUCGAGGCCACUGGUUCCUGGGCAUCCGUUUUUGGCCUCAUCACGGUCCUGAACCUGCUGGGUUUAGGAACAUUUUUAUGCUUCGCAGAAGCUCGCAGAGUUGACAUAGAUCUAGCGAAGGGCCGUUACCACAACAUCCACAUCUGAGAGCACAGGACGGGAGCAGAGCAGCAGAAAUGACACGCUCUGACAGAAACCUUUCUGAAGAAGGACGUCCCAAACAGUCGCUGGUUUCUUCAUUAUGGUUCUUCUAUUUUCUGUUCGGCUUUUCUUUGGCUGAAGAGAAUCUAGGAGAAGCUGUAGGAGAUACUUAACAGAUAUGGAUCUGUUAUAGAUCACUAGGAGCCACAGUAUGAAGUGUGUUAAUGAAUAUUUUGUUAAGGUCCUGCGUUCAUUCAUUUCUAUUUUAUCCUGUAGCACUUGUGUUGGUUUAUGUUAGCAGUUUCUUUAAUAUCAUCAUUAUUGUGACCAAAGCAGUUCAAACCAUCCAUUAAUCAGAUGAAGGCCAAAAGCUAGAGCUUGAGUGUCUGAGUACUGACAAUGUUUAUUAAAUUAUUGUUAAUACCAUUUUUCCUUUUUGGCAUUGCAUGACAAUUUAAAAUAUAUCGUCUCAGCUGUUUUUCACACUCAGAGUGUGAUGGAGAUUACAGUUUGUUACAGCAGAAUUGGAGUUUGUCCCAGUUUGAAGAGCAUUACUGUCAUCAGAUGAAACAUGUGCUAGGUCAUCUUGUCAUUGGCUGAUCCUUUAAAGCUUUUUUUUAUUAUUGUCUCAACUGUUGAAAGAGUUUCUGAUCUUUAAAGGACGUCUUUGUUUCAAACUGCUAGUUUGCUUUUUGUCUUUGAUUGAUUCAGUCAUUAGAGACCUUCUCUCGUGGGUCAUUUGCUUGGACCAAGAUGUUGCACAAUGAAAUGAAUGUAUUAUGGUGAUAAGCUUUAUUAUGUAGAGACAACAUCCUGAACGUUAUAUCUAACUGGGAAUUAUUUGACCAAAAAUAUGUCAGUUCAAUUCAUGCAACAUUAAUAUUUAGCCUACAAGUGUAUAAUGUACCAUAAAACAAAAACUAAAGCAUAUUUUUGGUCACAAAAGUCAUAAAUUGUGCUGUGAAUCUCCCAAGUGUCACAGCUUUAAGGAGUAAAAUAAAGUGUUACAGUUUAGUUCCUUUAAAGAACGGAAGGAGAAGCAAGGACUAGGAAGGCACUUUAAUGGUUCACAGCAGAUUUGCGAAGAAACCGGAAAAAAAUACUUGAAUUAUUAUAUAACACUGUUCUUUGCAUGAGAUUCAAGGAAUUUUUUUUUUUCCAGUACAUAAAAUCAUAAGAAAUGUUCACAAAGGUUAUUUGUUAUUAAAAUGUUAUUUUAUACAUAGAUUAGAUAUCACUGUUUGUAAUAAAUACAGUAGACAAUAUUUCAGAAAACUUUUAUAUUUAUAUCUGAUUUAGAGGUUAGAUUGAAAAUGCUUAUAUGAUCUUUGCUUUAUACAUAUUGUAUGUUUUUUUUCUGGAUUCUGUUCUGUCUUGUGUUCCAGUUUUGACUGAUGCAGCUUUAUAGAAAUGCCAUCUCACAUAAAUAAUGUUCCAUUCUAUUUAAUGCUGUUUAAUUUGAUCUUUAUAGUGUUAUUGUUUUACAAUAGACUGUUUUGCAUAACUGGAUUAUGACUGUGGGGUUUGUUCCAUCAUCACAACUGACAAUGACUUGCAUUAGAGUAGCGAUGACAAAAUGUUGCAUAUUUAUUAUGCUUGCAUCAUUCUUAUUAAACUUAUUUGACUCAAGACUAGGAAAUACAAAGAUGAUCUGUGAAUUAAUGCAGUGUCAAACCAUCCUGAGUUGAAGAUGAAAGAUACGUUUCACAGAAAACUGAAUUAGCCAAUAUUGUGUUCUUAUAUUCGAGACAUAUGUCAUAUGAAAAAGAAAUGUAAACAAUGUAAAUGAAGUAUUUUUUAUUUGUAAGCAUAUUUUGCUGAAAUAUAAAAGUAUAUUUUAUCAAGGGUAA